GUCCGACUCCACUGGCUGCUUUCAACCUCCUCCAUCCUUACCCUCCCACCAGACCUUCCGUCACCGGAGCGCCGACCGUUGCUGCUCUCUCUGGCUCCACCGGUGACGUUCUGUUUCUUUUCGUUCCACCGCGACCGCCGACCAGCUGCUGCUGCUCCACUGAGAAUUGAGUAAUUCCGCCCAGUUCCUGAAUUUCGCCAGAAACUCUAGGCUGGAGUUUCCGCUCAAUUUGGGUACUUCUCUCACUCCUAUCAGGAUCUGGUUGUAGGUCUGAAGAGGUUAGGCACUGGCUCCAAAACAUAGGAACAGGCCUAGGAUCCAAGUACCAUGAAAAUUGCAGCGUGCCUGGAACCGCACACUCCUCUAUAGCAACAUAGUUUGAGUAACCUCAGGUCUGCUUGACUCAUUUUCUUAAGUGGUCACUCUCUCUCUGCUUUUGACGAUGGAAUAUGUUAGCCCUGAAGGUCUCCGGAUAGAUGGCCGACGUCCCAUGGAAAUGAGGAAGUUGCAUGCAGAGAUGGGAGUUGUAGCAAAGGCGGACGGCUCUGCUGUCUUUGUGAUGGGUAACACGAAAGUAAUUGCUGCAGUUUAUGGCCCUAGAGAGGUUCAAAACAGGAGCCAACAAAUGAGCGAUCAGGCUUUGGUACGUUGUGAAUACAGCAUGGCUAAUUUUAGUACUGGCGAUCGCAUGAGAAAAGGAAAAGGAGAUAGACGAUCAACAGAGAUAUCUCUUGUAGUUCGCCAGACGAUGGAAGCAUGCAUACUGACCCAUCUAAUGCCUCGUUCUCAGAUUGAUAUAUAUGUUCAAGUUCUUCAAGCAGAUGGAGGAACUCGAUGUGCUUGCAUCAAUGCUGCAACAUUGGCCCUCGCAGAUGCAGCAAUACCGAUGCGGGAUCUGGUCACAUCCUGUAGUGCAGGAUACCUUAAUAGCACUCCUUUGCUUGAUCUUAAUUAUGUUGAAGAUAGUGCUGGAGGUCCAGAUGUCACGGUGGGGAUUCUACCUAAGAUGGACAAAGUGACUCUUCUUCAGAUGGAUUCUAAGUUGCCAAUAGAUACCUUCGAUAAUGUUAUGCAGCUUGCUAUAGAAGGUUGUAAAGCAGUGGCAACUUACAUUCGGGAGGUCUUACUGGAGAAUACUAAGCAAUUAGAGUAUCACCGAGGUGUAUGACUAGAAUGCAGAUUAUACUUGGGUUGGGUCUGUAUCAGAGCAAAUAUCGUCCUGAUAGUUGCUGGAAGAAGUAAAUGAUGAUGGUCUAACUAUAGCAUGUAGGAAUUGGAUUCCUUUUAGAAUUUGCUCGUGGUUCCCUCCUUAAGGCAUAGGAAGAGGCCUACAAUUUUGAAGCUCAUACAAAGAUUAUUUCAGUUCUUUCGGCCAUAAAUGUAACAGAACUUAUAGAUUUGUGUUGUUGCUCGUGAUAUCUUUGUUCAGUUCUGGCAAUGGUUUCGGUAAUUUAAGAUGCUGGGAUUCUAACUAUAAUUUGUGAAAAGAACUGGUUCCUGGAAUUUGUUCCA